AUGCGUCUUUUUAUUUUGAUAGCUUUAACUGCUAAAGUUGCCGCCUUGUUUGAUUGGGGUAAUUGAUUUCUUGAAGUUGGAGAAAAUUGGAAGAUUUUCAGAACGUCGAAUAUUGUCCUGCACCCAGGAAGUCUGUUUUCUGUACGUCAACGAAGAGCCGCCCCAUUUGGCGAACUGCACUCGAAGUAGGGACAAAAACUUUCUUAGGAGCGCCAGAGUGAUCCCUAGAGCGACAACCUUAUGGGCUCUUGUAGGUUUCACUCAAGGGACCACCUAGCCUCCCCCUACAGGGGCCUCAAGGCAUGCAAAACUGGCCACGGGAGCCUGCUAGUGGUUCCUUAAGGCCUUUUUAACUUCGAAAUCAGAUUUUAAAAAAUUAAAAGAACUUCAUAAGAACCAGUUGAGCUUUUGUCCACUAUAGCGUCUCUUUCCCAAAUCCCUAUAGUUAUCACUUUGGCGUUUCUAAGUUUUUAAAACAAAACUUGAAAUUUGAAGGUGACGAAAGAGUGAGUUGCGACAUGGAAUGCGAUGGCGCCGAGAGAGAUUCCGUCAUCUCCAAAAAUCCGACGAUUCAUCGAAAAUGUACCCGGUGAGCUUCAUAAUUUUAUGAUAGUUCAUGAAAAUCGAAAUUCCCUUAAGGUGCUCGAACACGAAAAAUUUCAAAAAAAUACAAAAAAACUUCUUCAAAAAAAUUGUUUUUUUCAAAAUUAUAAUCAAUCAUUCGCUCCGACUCAAAAACAGGAAAAAAAGAUAGUUUUACAUUUUUUUUUUCAAAUGCAUGGUUAGUGAGAGCAAAGAGAGCGCAGACAGGUCAGACAGUUUCAAAAAGGGGCGAGUUUGUGAGUUUUUGGUUUUGGAUAAUUUUUUAUCGAUAGGUUGUCGGAUGAAAUAAUCCAAAUAAAUUUCGAAAAUUGUUUUUUUAUAUUUUGAUAGUAAAGGUAUUAAAAAUGGAAGAAAAAAUCAACUUUCAGUGCUGGAAAGAUAAAGACAUGAGCCUAAGAAAUUUUAUAAAGAAUAUUUUGAACACUCCAGGUUCUACACCUACAACAUGGAGCGGAUAAGAGGAACAGAAAGAUGGGCUUUGUGGAGAUCUUCCUUCUGUGCCAAGAGCAACAUAACCUUCACUGUUCAUUGCGCUUUUCCUGUUCAUUUUCAUUGA